AAGGCGAGAGCAAGACAGGAAUAGGUAUUGGUAUGUUGUCGAGGACGGGACGGAAGGAUCAAGCGCAACGGGUGGCUAGGACAGGACAGAUGGAGGUCUAAGAUAUUCGGUCGUCGUGGGUUAUUAUCGAAGGUCGUAAACGUUCAUGGCAGGAUGGGAAUCAACACAUUAAAGUCUAGAACUGCAUGCCAGAGGACAGCGGUCAGCUUUCUGUUGGUGACGGGACCGAGGAACGGUGCGAAGGGAGAGAGGGAGACGAGAUCUGCAUGGACCCACGUUUUUGACACCUUGGGAUGGUUGGCUUGGGUGAAGGUGAAUCGACAAACCAGCCGCCCUCAACGCAGACGGACAACCGACUACAUAACCAUCCUCGCGCGGGAAUGGAGACCAUGUGCGGAGGAUCAACACAUUGGGAGCAAGCGCAGCAUGCUAGGCCCCCAAAGAAGAACCACGGGACCGUGGAACGACGGGACCUCUGACGGUGGACUAUCGAGAGAACCCAUGAGAAUCCAUGAGGGACACAUGAGAAUCCAUACCUGGCGCAUGACGCCCAUCACCGUCGCGCUACAAGUAAAUUGGCCACGCCAGGGGAAGGUCAGAUAACAAACGGGAGGUCUUGCGGGCUGUGUUCGACUGCGUUGGCCCCC